GUCAACCAGAAGGAUGCCACCAAAGAAGAAAGGAAAGGGAAAGAAAAAAAGCAAGAAGGAGUUAGAGAAGGAGAGGUUAUUGGAAGAAGAGCGCUUGAGAGCGGAAGAGGAGGCACGAUUGGCUGAGCAGCAGAGAAAAGAGCUUGAGCUUAGAGAGAGCCAGCAACGGGAAGCUUUAGAAGCGCUUUUUCGGCAGGAGCAAGAGCGGUUCAAGACGGAGGCGGAGGCUCUUGCCAGUCUGAUGGAAAGCCAAUUGGCCGAACUGACUGCUGUGGAUGAGGAGCGACAUAGGGAAAUGGAGUGGCAAACUUUGCUGGAAUGCCGCCCACUGCCCAAUCCGCAAAAGGAACGCGAAGUAAACACAUACCUAGACCUUUGGUCUGCUGAGGACCUUAAUAUAGAAGAAGGAUCACCAUUAGUGCCACUUUUCAGCGAACUUCCGGCUGCGGAGAUCUUGUGCUCCCAAAUAGAGCAGGAACUUUCUGGUGCUGGAGCGAAUGAUGAUGCAUACAAGAACAGGCUUACCCAACAUUUGUUGCGUUUGCGGACACUGAUUCAUGACAAGUGGGAUUCCGCAACUUCGCAAAUUCUGCAGCACGUUGACCAAUUUUCCAGAGAACCUAAUGAGAACUUUCAAUUGGCGGCUACAACGCAAGACUAUGCGUUCGGCGUUUGGGGUAAUUUGACAAAGAACCCACGUUACAAAACUAUUGAGUUCGCAGAGCGAAAGUUGACCACCAGUUUGCCAAAACCUCUCGUGCUAUCAAAUGUUGCCAUUCGCAUGCUCCUUGAAUCCAGCUUUAGCGCACCCGUCCCUUACGAAAAGCAGAACGGUAGUCGGAAUCUGUCUGUCAUCGGACCAGUACUGCUUUUCGACCUGCUCGAAAUGCCCGAUCCAGCCAAAACGGUAGAUACAUGGACGAUUCGACCCAUCUUGUCCAAGCAGGGAAAGCCCAAGCGAAUAUCUUACCCGUUUAAGAAAGAUUUGACAGAAGUUCCCGAGGAGGAGCAAGAAGAGGCGGCGGAUGCCUCUAUCUGGCCCAUGCUUGUUACAUACUCUCUGGAUCCUGGAUGCUUUGCCAACGCUGACGCUGCUACAGUGAGAUGGUGGAAUGAGGAGGAAAAGAUGUGGGAUGAUGAAGGAAUAUCUGAUGUGGAGAUUGAAGCAGACGCGGGCCUGGUGAAAUUCCGUACCAUACACUUUGCACCUACCGCAACAGUUCAAGGCACUUACGCAGAAUUUCCCCUACGGGACUGGGAUAUUCAUCCGUCUGGUCCAAACAGCGCCAUCAUUCACAUUCGAGGGACGUUGAGCGAUAUCAAAAUUGAAAUUGGGGAAGGGAACUGUCGAUUGAUGAGCCCACACUCAGAAUACACUGAAUCGCAUUUAGGGGAUCGGUGGAUGUCGCCACCGAUGCUUUUCAAGACAUUGUCGAGAAUGGGACUGAAAUUCAUUGGACCAACAAGCAUGAAGGGGGUGGAAAUAGCAGAUCUAAUACUAAAGAAUCCGGCAGUCGAAGACAUGUGCAUCAUUGGAAUAGGCGCGUUUGCUUCCCAUCUUGCAUUCCGUCGUAGUCCGAGCAACCGUCAUAUGUCAAGCUCUAAAUGCGUCUUCCAGUUUCGACCAUAUGAGGCAGAAGAUGAAUGGCCUCUGCCUGAUGAGGCGGAAUGGCAAAGCGUUGUAUUCGAUGUAAACUGGAGAGUAGGCGAAGCCACUCAAGCAGCCGGCUUCAUUGCGAGCCACGGUCAAGCCAUUACGGACUCCACCACAUUUAUUGUCAACUCGGAGGACAACAAGGGCACGAUUCAUUCCACAACAUAUCAUCUCCUCCAAGAAUCCAUCGCAUCACCCAAAGGAACUGACAGUUCUCCCGAGAGCUCUCCUUUGUUUAGCAAAACAGUCAGGCAGAUAUUAGGCAUUACAAGACUCAUGUGCUUCUCUUAAGCGUAUAAUUAGAAACAGUUUAUGCUGUGCAAUCAGCAAAGCUAUUUGCCGAA